GCACACCUAUUUUUUUUUUCUUUUUUCUUUUUUCUUCCUUGUACUUUCUUUCUUUUCAGUAAACCCUUUUAAAAAAAAAGAAUUUCUCUUUCCUUUGAGCAGAUUGAUUCUUGAUUUAAUUUUGUUAGAAAGGAAAAUAAAAAUAUAUAUAAUACAUUUGCAUCUUUUCCAUCUUUUUUUUUAUAAAUAAAUGUCAUUAAAUACAAUGAAUAGUGGUCAACAACAUCAACAGCAACAGAAUGGUAGUAGCAGGGAUUUUGAAACGGUUCGUCGUAACUAUCGAUCAGCAUUGUCCGAGCUUACUUUCAAUAGUAAACCUAUUAUUACCAAUCUGACUAUUAUGGCUCAAGAAAAUCAAGGUGCUGCAAGUCUUAUUGUAAGGGAAAUUGAAAACCAAUUGAGAAAUAAUGCUCCCGGUCAAAAACUACCAGUGCUUUAUUUGAUUGAUUCUAUCUGCAAAAAUGUCGGUGGGUCUUAUAUUACUAAUUUUGCAAGAAACAUGGUGAACGUAUUCUUGGACGCGUAUACUUUGACGGAUAGCACGGUCAAGAAAAGUUUCGAAAGACUGCUCCAGACCUGGAAAAAUGGAAUGCCCGGUGGCCAUCCCGUUUUCCCUCGUCAUAUUAUUGAAUCCAUCGAAAGAUCAAUUGUUUAUAUUCGUGAAAAGGCUUCUCCUCAUCCAAGAUAUCCUCAUAAUAAUACUAGUUCACCUUCAUUAUCACACAAUAAUAAUAAUAAUAGUAAUAAUAAUAAUAAUCCUAAUUCCGCUGCUAUUCAUGUUAAUCCAAAUUUUGUAAACAAGGAGCCAAGAAUUAGUGCUAGAGAUCCUCGUAACAGAAGUCCUCAAAUUAUCCCAUCAGAUAAGGCACCUUCUACCUCUUCUUCUUUACUCUCUCAGUUACAGUCCAUGCUUCCUUCUCCUCAAACAACCUCGCUUUCUACCACGGAUCCCAUCUCACAAAUCAUUGAUCAAAUCAAGGCUAUAUUACCUACAUUACCUCCGACCCAGGCUUCAUCUAUUGAACAAUACCUUUCCCAAAUCGCUUCCCCUUCAUUAGCCCCUGCCGUUGUCACACCUUCACCUACCCUUUCAUAUGCCAGUACAAUUUUACCUGCUCAAAAAGCUGCUCCUGCUAAAGUUGAUACAGCUGAUUUGUUAAAAAGUUUGACUUCGAUGGGCUAUUUAUCGCCUUCUCCUGUUCCUGCUGCUAUUGCUGUAAUGAAACCCAUUGUACCAACUGAGAACACAACCUCACUUAACAACAAUCUGGGUCUCUUUUUAUUAGACUCCAAAGAUCUGCAGAUUGCUAGACCUGGAGCGAUCGAGUUACUGUACUCGGCCAAACCUUUACAAUGUAAGCAGUGUGGAUUCAGAUAUCCCAAAACCGACAAAGGCCAAGCCAAAAUGGAUGCUCAUUUGGAUGCUCAUUUUAGACAGAAUCGAAAGAUGAAGGAAAGAGUGAAGCGUGGACUCUCUCGUUCGUGGUUUGUUACAGUGGAAGAGUGGAUUAAUGGUGAAGGAGGGGAAUCUACUAGCCAACAAGCUCCCGCAUUUUUACAUGAUGGUAUGGGACACGUGAAUAGCAAGUCUACCGAAAAAUCUGCUCAGCCUAGCGAAGAAACUAUCAACCCAGAUCAUUACACAGUUAUUAUGCCUAAUGAUGAUAGCCGAAAGCCUUGUGCUAUUUGUGGAGAAAGAUUUAUUGACUUUUGGAAUGAUGAUGAAGAGGAGUGGAUGUACAAGAACGCAAUCAUGAUUGAAGACAAGAUUUAUCAUGCUACCUGUCAUGCAGAUGCAAUUAAAAGUGGCAACUUGGCAGACGAUACCGAGAUGCGUGAUGUAAAUAAUAAACGUAAAAUGGAAGAGCAAAUUGGUCAGGUGUCAAAACAUGCACGUACAUUAUAAAUAAAUUAAGAAAAAAAAAUAAUAAAAAAAUAUAUAUAUAUAUUAAAGAU